UCUAUAUUUUGCGUCAUGCUACUGCUGCCGCCACCUUCUUCAUAAGCCCACGUAUACAGGAGCAAAGGGGCCAGAAGUGAGUUUUAGCAGCCAGAAGAAAACAUUCUCAUUGAGGAGCACCCGCCCUUCGGUUCUUCGCAACUCAGGACACCAGGCUGAAAAAAAAGGCUUCACAAGGAAGCAAACUUUUUGCACGUGCUCCCGCUGCGCAUUUCUUUUCACACACCAUGCCAGUUCUCUUGGGACUUCUCCUCCUCUCUGUGCUUCUAACUCCAGGUGACUCACUGGAGUGUGAAACCUGCGUGGGGACAGGUGCCAGCUGCAAUGGCAAGAAGAUGAGUUGCAGUGCUAAUGAAGACACCUGUGCUGUCUCUCUUACUGAAAGCAAAGUAGAUCAGGUAUCAACUCAAACUAUAUUUAAAGGCUGUUCAUCCACUAAGGCCUGUGGACAGGGACUAUAUUCCAUAAAUUUGGGCAAGAUGAUGACUACCAGAGGAAUGGCUGUCUGCUGCAAGGAUGCUGACUGCACAUCCGUUUCUGUUUCAUUGCCUCCAAUAAACAACAAAGUCAAUGGGAAAAAAUGCCCAGCCUGCUAUUCUUUGUUAAGCCCAUGCUCUUCAGACGUGGCAGAAUGCACAGGAGCUGAGGACCAAUGUCUGGAUCUUAGCAUCAAAAGUGGAGGGAUUGAAAUCACUAUGAAAGGUUGCACUACCAAGAAUUACUGCGAGGCUUUAUCACAGAAUGUUAAGAAUACAUUCAAGGAAGUUGCAUCUGGCACUAUAGAUGGUAACUAUACACAAGCCAAUAAUCCUGAUAAUCCUUUCAGGGCAGUUACUUCUGCAGUUCUGGAUGGUAACUAUACACAAGCCAAUAAUCCUGAUAAUCCUUUCAGGGCAGUUACUUCUGCAGUUCUGGAUGGUGACUCACUGGAGUGUGAAAAGUGCACAGCGGAAGGCACCAGCUGCAAGGGCAGCAUUAAAAGGUGCAGCCCUGAUGACGACACCUGUGUUGUCUUUCUUACUGAAUUCAAAAUAGGUGACUCCUUGGAGUGCGAAACCUGCACAGAGGUAGGCCUGAACUGUACGGGCAAGAUGGAGAAUUGCAGUGCUGCUGAAUACAGCUGUGUUGUUGCUGUUGCUGAAGUCGUAGCAGUGCCACCAAUCAGCAGUAAAGCCAAUGGGAAAAAAUGCCCAGCCUGCUUUACUCAAUAUUCCCAGUGCUCUACAGAGGAGGCGGAAUGUACAGGAGAUGAGGACCACUGUCUGGAUGCUACCAUCGAAUCUGGUAAUUCUGAUAAGAUCUGCUAUGUUGAUAUUGCUGAUUAA